AUGUCAGACUCACUUAACAGCCCACCAGCUUAUGAUUUUUCAGGUGUGCCAGCACCAGCACUUGAUGCUAUUAGAAUGAGAUUAUCUCAACUUACACAUUCUCUAUCUAAGAUUAGGGACGACAUGUCAAAAGCAGAAUUACCACAGUGGUAUUCCCUACAGGCCCAGUUAGCAGUAACUUUGAGCCAAUUAUCCUCCCUCACUGCUACUCUACAGCAUUUUGAGGAUGCGUUAGACUCUACUGUACCCUAUCCGCUGCCUAAUUUCCCUACAACUGCUCAUGAAGGCAUGUUAACUACUUUAAUGAGGAAGAAGCAAAUUCCAGAGGUGGAGGCGUGGAUCAAAGAUGCGAUCGAUAGUAGUGGUAUUGAGUUGAGUUCAGAAAGUCAAGAGGACGUUGAAAGGCGAAUACGGCAUGAUAGAGAUGAGACAAACUGGGCAUUGAAGUUUGUUAAUCACGAGCGUGACAAUUAUUCAUUCCAAGGAUUGUAUACCGCCGAAGAGCUUACGAGUAUGAGUGGAGAUCCUACAAGAGCAUUAUAUCGUUCCUCGAACUCUAAGGCAAUGCCUAAAACACCAUUCUCAGUUGAAAGUAUAUUAACGUACAUAUACCAGGGCCCAAAAGCUAGAGAGGCAUCAAGAACUCCCUCUUAG